GAAGCAGCAGCGCGGUUUGUUUACAUUCAGUCUCCUUCUUCUUCUCGGGUUCCUGUACCUUCCUGCCUGGUCUCGCUGACGUCCGGUAUUGUUUCUUGACUCGUAAUGCGCAUUGACUCCGCGACUUAUUAAUGUUUUAUAGAUUUAUAUAGUCCUCUGUGAAGUUUCCCGUUUUGCAGAAGGUUUUUUACACGUUAUGAAGCCGAUUUCGAGAAAUGUGAUCACGACCGGAAGUGGCGGCGUUGUCAACUGUUUUGACAGGUUCUUCUUUAAAUGUGGCCGAGUGGUAUCUGGAAAUCCCUGGAAGUUCAUUUUGGGUUCCAUCUUGGUCACUGCACUCUCCUCCUUGGGAUUCCUCAACUUGCAUGUGGAGCAGCGCGCUGAAAGACUCUGGAUUCCCCAGGACAGCGACUACGUCAAGACGAUGGACUGGCAAGCGGCAAACUUCCCUCAGGACCAGCGCCUCGAGAUGAUCCUGUACGAGGCGGAGGACAACGUCCUCAAGGCCGACUACGUCAGAACAAUGUUUCAGAUUCAUCAAGAAGUCAUGCAACUGAUCGCUAAAGACGGAUAUGGAAACAACUUGACUUUGGAAAACGUCUGCUUCAGAAUCCCAGCCAUAGGCGGACAGGAAAAAGCACCGGAAAAACUCAAGAAGAAACAUCUCAGACCGAGGGACCCUGAAGAAUCCUUCGACUGGUCCUUAGCCCUGGAGAAGGAGGUUUAUUACCAGGUCUUCUCUGCCCUGCCGACGGCCUGCGUCGAGCUCAGCAUCCUGGAAGCGUGGGGCUACGAUCCCUCCACCUACCAGGCUCUGGAAGAUGGGGACGUCGUGGAUGCUAUCAACUCUGCUAAAGCUUUAUCCACCUUCGCCAUCGGCGUUGAUUUCACCGACUACCUUGGGGGCGUGACCCGUAACGCCACGGGUCACGUGACCGGAGCCAAGACGGCCCUGGUCAAGGUGGUCACUCGGGUCAACAAAACGGAGGUCGACCGCCAGGACUUGAAGAGGAGUCACGCCGGACUGGCCGAAAGGGUCGACAAAGGCCUUUUCAACUGGGAGGGAGAAUACAUUCAGUUCCUCAAGAACUUCUCCGAUCUGCCCGACGGCCUGCGAAUCAUUCCCUUUUCUCAGAGAAGCUUCGGUGAAAUCAGCAGUGACACCAUCAUGGGAGACGUCCUGUACUUAGCAGUAGGUUCGGUCGUUCUCUUCAUCUACGUCCAAGUGAUGCUCGGGAGUUUCAACAUGGUGGAAGGCAGGUCCGUGCUAUCUAUGCUGGGCAUCCUCGCAGCCUUCAUGGCCGUGGCGAUAUCCUUCGGGCUAUGUGCCGGCAUCGGGCUGCCCUACGGACCCGUGCACAGCAUCCUUCCUCUUCUGUUGCUAGGUCUGGGUGUGGACGACAUGUUCGUCAUCAUCCAGAGUUUCAACAACCUCGACAACCAGGAGGAGAGCCUACCCGAAGACCUUAGGACACGGAUGGGACUAACUCUCCGUCACGCGGGAGUUGCCGUAACUGUGACAUCGCUGACGGACUUCGCCGCGUUCCUCAUUGGCGCUACAACUGUCCUCCCAGCCCUGAGAUCCUUCUGCAUCUACUCCGCCGUGGGAGUUCUGGUCCUGUACGUCCUUCAAAUCACCUUCUUCACGGCCUGGUUCACCCUCGACCAGAGGCGACUGGAGGACAACAGGAACGGCGCACUGUGGUGCUACAAGCACGAGAACUGGUCACCGAACAAGUGUUCCAGGAAAGAAUUCUUCAAGGACGUCUUUGCCAAAUAUUACACGAAUUUCCUGUUAAAGAAACCCGUCAAGAUCUUGGUGCUUCUGGCAACUCUGGCGCUCUUCUGCGCAUGCGCCUGGGGCGUGACGGGUCUGAGACAGGAAUUCAACAUGAUCUGGUUCAUUCCACAGACAUCUUACCUGUUCCAGUUUCUGUCUCGGCUGCAGGUGUAUUAUCCAGGAGCGGGCGAGAGAGGAACCGUGUAUCUAGGGCUACUGGACUACCCGAGGGAACUCUACAAGGUGGGCAACCUGACGAAGGCGCUGCAGGAGAAUAAGUUCGUUUCUCAUGUGGAUUCCUGGUUCGACGCCAUGGCCGACUAUACGCUCAGAGACGUCGGAGAAGAUAUAAGAGACAAGCCCCUGAACGACUCCUUCUUCAGACAGAGCCUGUCGGCUUUCCUCUUCUCCCCAGCCGGGGCCAAGUACCAGACCUACUUCCACUUCGAUGGUAACCUCGCCAUCGGAAAGCCAGCGCCGUCGGUACUGGCAAGCAAAUUCGACUACGUACAUUGCUCUCUGGAUGAGAGAGACGAACAAAUUCAGGCGAUGGAGGAAGUCAAACAGCUGAUCAAAAAUACUGGUUUUUCAGCCUUCGCCGAAGCCAUAGCCUUCCAGUACGCAGGAUGGGAAACGAACAAGAUCAUCUUCGUCGAGCUGAUCCGCAAUCUGUGUCUGGCUCUGACGGCCGUGUUGGUCAUGACACUCGUUCUCUUGGCUAAUUUUUUGGCUUCGGCUUACGUCCUGGUCUGCGUUGUGUUCACGCUGAUCGACGUCAUGGCGCUGAUGACAUGGUGGGGUCUCACGGUCGACAUCAUAACCUGUAUUAACCUCGUGCUGUGCAUAGGACUCUGCGUCGACUACUCUGUCCACAUCGCUCUGCACUUCCUAAGGGUCACCGAGGGAUGCAGAGAUGCCCGGGUCAGGCAGACAGUCAGGGAAAUUGGGUCACCGGUCAUCAACGGGGCUUGUUCUACUUUCCUGGCCAUCGCGUUUCUGGCAUUCUCCAGCUCCCAUGUCUUCAUCACAUUUUACAAGAUAUUCUUCGGCGUAUUCAUCUUCGGCGUCUACCACGGCCUAGUGUUCCUGCCAGUUGUUCUAAGCCUGAUAGGACCCCUUCCACCUACCCAUGACGAGUCCUGCAGGAAUCCCGAAGGAGUAAUUCCUCCGGCGAAUGACUCAGAGGAUCCCGACAGACUCCUUCCCGACGCUCCUGCGAGAACUGGGGAAUUUUCGGAUCCUGUCAAAUGAAAAGUUUUCGGGAAUGUGAAAGAUCCUAAAAACCUAAAAAGUUAUCGUGAAUUAUUUGCAAAAUAAGUUUUGAAAAGUGGAAAGUUGUGUGAAAUCAUCUCCAAAAAUCAAUUAUUGGUAACUGGAAUGUUAGCAUCUUGGAUAAUUGACAAUUAUAAUGAUUAUUAUUACGGUGACAUGAAAGGUUUAAGACCUUUCUUAUCAUAAUU